AUGUCCCCUCGUCUCAACUGGUCGCCAGACUCUCUACCCUCGCUAGAUGGACGUACGUAUCUAGUGACAGGCGGCAAUACCGGCAUAGGAUUUUGGACAGUGCACCAUCUAGCCCUGCACGGCGCAACCGUGUACAUGACCUCACGAUCACCCGAAAAAGGAGCGUCCGCGCUAUCGUCGAUCAAGGAGUCGAUCAAGAAGACACACCCGGAUCUCGAAUCGAGGAUCUAUCUCGUCGUGAUGGACCUGAUGUCGCUGCGGUCCGUCGUGGCGGGCGCCAAACGCAUCCGCGCCGAGUGCGCGCAACUGCAUGGCAUCGUCAACUCGGCGGGGAUCAUGGCGACGCCGUACCAGCUCAGCGAGGACGGCUACGAGUCGCAGUGGCAGACGAACUACCUCGCGCACUGGCUGCUGACAUACCACCUGCUGCCGCUGCUAGAGUCGACCGCCGCGGCUGCUGGCGAGGAGGGGGCCGUGCGCGUGGUUAACGUCAGUUCCAUGGGCCACGCCGCGACGUUCAAGGACGGCAUCCGGUUCGAGGACACGGGCCUCAAGGACGCCUUCACUUUCCGCCGCUACGCCCAGAGCAAGCUGGCAAAUAUCCUGCACGCCAACGCCUUGCACGCGCGGUACAACGACAACCACAAGAACGAGCAGCCCAACCCCAACCCCAAUUCCAAACCCCACAUCUGGGCCAUCUCCCUGCACCCAGGCAACAUCGACACGCAACUCAACACCCGGGCCCGGGGCGGCUCCGUGCUCACCCCUAUCCUGCGCUGCAUGGGCGCGUACAUCACCCCGGAGCAAGGGAGCUACAAUUCGCUAUGGGCCGUUGCAGGCACGGGCGAGGGCGCGGAGGCCAUCUCCGGAGGCUACUUCGUGCCCGUCGGCCAGCGCAAGGCGCCUAGCAAACUGGCACAGGACCCCGAGGGGACGCUGGCAAGCAGGCUAUGGGACUGGACUGAGAGGCAGAUGAGGACGAAGGGGUACUUGGACGCCAUUUGA